CUUCACCUGGAGAUUAUCGGCAACAACACGGUUAACAGUAUCAUGACCGAAGCGAUUGCUCCUCUUGGCUCACGAGACGAAUCCUGAGCAUACCGGCGGAUGGGACGGCCGCGAUGCUCCAGGCGAACACGACACUAGGCUUGUUCCGCGGGCUGACUACGUUCACGCAGUUGUGGUACAGCACCGGAGGCGUCGCUUCCACGUAUCCUUAUGCUUCUUUCUUCCCCGGGGCUUCCAUGGUCUAUACCGUACAGGCACCGGUGAUGAUCACUGACAGUCCUGCCUAUCCGUAUCGCGGGUUUCUUUUCGAUACGUCGAGGAACUUUUUUCCGGUCGCCGACAUCUAUCAGACUCUAGACGCGAUGUCAUACGUCAAGAUCAACAUGUUCCACUGGCACAUCACCGAUUCUCAAUCAUUCCCUCUGACAGUCGCAGCCCUUCCGGAACUGAGUCAAUAUGGAGCAUAUUCGGCAGCACAGACGUAUUCUCUGCAGGAUGUGCAGGACAUCGUGAACUAUGCUAGUGAGCGAGGCAUCGAUAUUAUGAUGGAAAUCGACGCUCCAGGGCACACUGCUUCUGUCUAUGAAUCUCAUCCAGAAUACGUGGCUUGUUGGAACUUUGAACCAUGGACCACGUACGCGAACGAGCCGCCCUCCGGACAACUUCGCUUUGCAGUCCCCGAAGUUCUGAACUUUACUCAGCAAAUGUUUGCGAGCGUCCUUUCCACCCUUCCGGGGUCCGGUUUUAGCACCGGCGGGGACGAGCUGAACACGAACUGCUACGUCAAUGAUACCGUGACCCAGGAUGCUCUGACUGCGUCCGGCAAGAACUUGAGUGAAGCCCUAAGCAUGUAUGUCCUUGGCACGCACGACACUGUCCGUGCGGCUGGAAAGACUCCAGCAGUAUGGGAGGAAAUGCUCCUUGUGCAAAAUAUCUCCUUAGGAAUGGAUACGAUCGUUUUGGUGUGGAUAUCAAGCGAAGACGCACUUGCAGUGGCUGAGAAAGGUUACAAGAUGGUGCAUGGACCAUCUGACUACUUCUAUCUCGACUGCGGGGCGGGUGAAUGGUUGGGAAACGAUACUGAUGGGAACAGCUGGUGCGAUCCUUUCAAAACCUGGCAAAAGGCUUACUCCUUCGACCCCCUGCAAAAUCUGACCGAGGCUCAAUACGAUCUCGUAUUGGGUGGACAGCAAUUGCUGUGGACGGAGCAAUCAGGUCCAGAAAAUGUCGAUCCAAUCGUCUGGCCUAGUACCGCCGCUUCUGCGGAAGUCUUCUGA